AUUGCUUGGAAAAUCUUUUCAAUUAUGUUUCGGCGGCCAGGAACUGAUUACGCUAUUUGCUUGGUAAGUCCAGGAUGAGCCUUGGAGAUCCACUGUAGAUGGAAUUGCUAUUGAACAUCACUUUUUUCCCCCCAACUAAACCAAGCGCAGACCCUUUGUUGUCAUUUCUUGAAGCUCAUGUGUAUUUUCUCUUGUCUCUUUGCUCAUUUCUUUGCCUGGUUGUUAUGUCUGUGGAUGCGAGAAUAGUGAGGCAGAAGCUGGUCCUCCCUUUGAAAAACAACAGACAGAUCACAAUCAACUACACCUCCGAGGCCACGGCGGCAUCUGCAGUCAAUGGGCAGACAGGAGUUUGUAGUAGCCGCCGCGUCUUGUGUGAAAUGGUCUUUGCACCUCCCCUGAGUGUCUCACUCCCCACUGCCCAUGAAGAAGUUUUUGUCCCCAGUGGGAGUGGGACGAAGACGGACUACUGAGAGAAACAAGACUAGUCAAGCUCUCGCUCCGCAACAGCAUGAUUGAUCUUCCAGGGCAAGCGAGGCGGAGGUCAAGGCUGAUAUCGCGGCUCAAGGCAUGUCAAAGUCAAGCUUCAGAAUGUGCAACCUUGGGACGUGAGCAUCCUCAAGGAUGCUGAAGUGUGUGGUCAUCCGAGUCAAACCCGUUGGUCAAUCCGGUG